AUGUCUUUCUUUUCUCAAUUUUUUAAUACUCUCCAUUUAAAUAAUACUAAACCAAAUAAAACCUUACAAAAAAAUAACGAUCAAUGUCUGAAAAAUCCAAACUAUUCUGAUAUUUCAACUCAAUAUAGUGAUUAUAGCGAUGGAAAUAGUGAAGCUGAUAUAAAUACUUCCAGAAUGGUGAAAAUAAUGACUGGAUUUCAUAAUAAUAAUAAUAAUAAUAAUAAUAAUAAUAAUAAUAAUAAUAAUAAUAAAGGUUGUAGUAUUAAUAGAGAAGGUGGUAAUAAUUACUCUCAAUUAAAGACAAAUUAUAAAACAGAGUCUGAUAAAGAAAAAUGGUCUAAAAACUCAUCUGAUAUAGAUUGUGUUAAGAAAGACACAGUACAUGAAGCAAAAAAUGUUCUUGAAAAAAACAAGAAUAACAAUAAUAAGAGGAAGAAAAGAAAUGGAAUUACAAGAAGACAAAAGCGUCAUAUUCAUGAUAAUAUGUGGUCUAAGACUAGAGAUUAA